AGUGCGACUUAUAAAUUAUAGCUAAUACAACCACACUUUCCCCUCGGCGUUUUGGUUAACAGAAGUGAGAGAAUGAGAAAGUACAAAAAAAAUCAGAGCUUCAGCUAAAGAAUACAAUCAGCUUUUCCGAUUGCAUUACUAUAGAAGAAAGUUUACCAAAAUUCAUUUGGUAAGUUGAAUUAACAGCUUUGAUCGACACUCUACUCAUCAAAAACCCUAAACCCCUCAUUUCGUCCGAUUAUGCUGGGUGUUCGUAGAAAAUUAUGCCAAUUUAGUAGACAAGUUCACACGUUGUCUCGUGAUCGCCCUAGUGAAACCUUAAAGAUGAAUCUUGCUAAAUUGAAGGAGAAGAAGAAACGAAAAGAUCCUCGUAAGAACCAAUUAUUCGUUCAAGUUCCAGAAUCAAGAGCAUGGCUUGACACAGCUACUAUGCCAAUGAUACUCACUGUCGUUGGUACCGCACUUUUUGCUAAGCUCCUCAUGAUGUAUGAUGACUCGAAGUCUCAAGAAAUGAUUGAGAGAAAGAUAAAGAAUGCGCCUGAUGGUCAAGGGUCAGUUAGGAUGCUUACCCGUGAGGAAUGGGAAUCAAUUCAAGACGUGAGACCAAGAACUCCAUUUGAAUCUAAACUUGCUCGUCCAAAUGCAAGGCUAAGGACAGGGGAACCUUUGAAGAUGGAAGAUGUCAAGGAUUGGACAAUAGAUGUUAUAACCGAUGCACUAACACGAGCUGAAGAAUGUGCUAAAUGAGGAUCUAACUAGCUUUUAAGUUGAUAACAUCAGUAUCCUAUUUCAACCAGAGCUGCUUCUUAUGAACCAGGAGGUCUCUUCAACCUCAUAUGCCCAUCUCAACAUGCCAUCCUUCUAUUAGCAGAAGUGAAGUAAUGCUGCCUUUCUUACCGGACAGCAACGACUAAACUUAUGCUAGCUGAAAGUGUGCUGUGCAGAAUUUUUGAGCCUCAAAGAUUUUUUUCUCCAUAGUACUGUACUCCAUUCUUGUUAUAGUUUCUUUUUUUACAUUAUUGGAAAUGGCGAACUUUAGUCAAUAUACUGAACAUUUUCCUUUGAAUAACAUAAAUAUUAUUCAAAGUACUCUUUGUUGCCUGAGAAUAUUCGUUUCGUUUGUUCUUGAGCAACUGGUGCACUAAUAAAAAUAUUGGAUGUCAUCUUCUUUAACCAA